GUUUGUGUCGGUUAUAGGUGGUAAAUGGUCACGAAGACGCGGAACCACUGUAGUAUUUUCGUUUCUGGAAACACACCCCAGCAUACCCCAGAGGGUAGCACGCAUGUAUCGUAAAUGUAGGCCGGUCCCUUUAAGGCAGCGCUGGAUGAUCCGUGCUGGAGGACGGCGGUAGACCGGGACAGGCACGGCUCUCCUCCCGGUGGACAGCACGGACCUGACAGCACGCUGUUCUGACGAAUGUGCGCGGCUCCGGUCCCUGUGGCCGAGCGGAAGCUUUUCUAAAGAUAUCCUUGAAGGAAUCUGGGACAGAGAAGGGAGCGGCAGGAGACGAGGCGGAAGCCGGCUCUGCUGACACUCAGGCGGCAGGCUUUCAUGCUGCCGCUACAUUCCGCACUAAAACACUCCGGUCUGAAGCAGCCCACAGCCGCCGUGUCCGGCCGGACCUUUGCCUUUUCUUUGGAGCUAACCAUGGACGGGAUAAAGGAGGACUGACACUUGGAGAGCUAGCAAGAACAAUUGGCAGUGUUAAAUAAACCAGCAGCAAGCGGCGAAGCACCGAGCGGUCUAAAGCAGGAGCACCAGCAAAAUGUCUGUCCCUAACAUUUUGGCCAAGGCGUUGUAUGACAAUGUGGCAGAGUCUCCGGAUGAGCUCUCUUUCCGCAAGGGCGACAUUAUGACAGUCUUGGAGCGUGACACACAGGGAUUGGAUGGCUGGUGGCUCUGCUCACUCCACGGCCGCCAAGGCAUUGUCCCUGGCAACCGUCUCAAGAUCCUGGUUGGCAUGUACGACAGUAAACAGCAGCAGGCUAUGCCUUCCACAACAGAUCCAGCUGUUUCCUGUCCCACUUCGCAAGUCCAGAGACCCCUCCACCCUCCGAGUGCAUAUCCCAAACCGACACCUGCUCUGUCAUCCUCAAUGUCUUCCUCCGGGUUUGCAAACAAGACCCUCCCUUCUACUCAGUACACAUCCAUGCACUCAGCCUACUCCACCCCUAGCCCUGCACAGCCCAACCCUGACUCUGUCUACAUGAUGCCCCCCUCACACAGUCCCAAACCAAGCCCCCAAAGUGUGUACCAAGUUCCCUCCGGUCCAAGCGGAACCUCUACGCAAGUCCAGCCAGGACCACCCAGCAAGGCCUCAGCUCAAGGUCAGAGACAGCCUGGUAAAGAGAUCUAUCAGGUGCCCCCUUCUGUAGGUCCAGCGCCAGGUCAGGCAACAGCUCCAGCCGGCCAGGAUGUGUAUCAGGUGCCUCCCUCCCUGGAUAGAAGGAACUGGGAUAGCAGCAGCAAGCCACUUGGCAAGGUGGUAGUUCCUACCCGUGUUGGGCAGGUGUAUGUGUACGACGCAGUGAAACCAGACCAGGAUGAAUAUGACGUUCCGCCCAGACUUCAACCUCCUGCUCAGCCAGACAUAUAUGACGUGCCGCCCACCCGGCAGCAAUACAGCACACAGGUGUAUGAUACUCCUCCCAUGGUGAUGAAGGGUCCCUCUGGUGGUCAAGAUAUAUAUGACACCCCUGCAAGCAGUGAGAAGAACCCACAGCAGAUGGUUUAUGACUUCCCCCCAUCAGUGAGUAAGGAUGUCAGUGAUGUUCAACCAAUCAGAGAGGAGACGUAUGAUGUGCCACCUCACUUUGCCAAACUAAAGCCCCAAGUCCCCAUCUCUCCGGGCCCAUACUUACACAACAACCUCAGCAGCAAUGAUGACGAACCGCCAAUUCCAGAGGAUGUGUAUGAUGUCCCGCCCCCAAUCCUGACUGAUAAGCAUUAUCAUAGGGACAGGAGCGGGGCCAGUCAGGCCCCUCAGCAGAUCUAUGACAUCCCAGCUGUACUGCGUGUUGGCCAGGAUGUCUAUGACUUCCCCCGGGAACGAGAGGAGACGGGGGAGAGGGCUGAACAGAAUGUCUAUGACGUGCCGCCACAGGUUGUACGUGAUGCCCAGUCAGCCAGUGAAGAGCUGUCCAUGUCUUUCAAGCGGCUGUCUGCCUCAAGCACAGGAAGCACGAGGAGCAAUCACUCUGCUUCUUCAUUAGAUAUGGUUCCUGUCCGCGACACCACCUCGCUUCCUGCUCCUGGCUCCAUUCCAGGGAAACCCCUGGUCUUGGAAAUGGAUCAGGCCAUGGAACGUCUGUCUCGUCUUCAACAAGCUGUGGAGUCCAGUGUUUCCUUCAUGAUGUCAUUCAUCACAGGCAACUGGAGAAGCCCGGCUCAUCUUGAAGGAAACCUCCCAGCCAUUCAUCAGGCUGCCGACCGGGUGCGUACCACUGUCCGAGAUUUCUUAGAAUUUGCCCGAGGCGCUGUGGCGAAUGCUGCCCAGGCCACAGACCGCUCACUGCAGGCCAAACUGGGCCGUCAGGUCGGGAAGAUGGAGGAGAUCUUCCAGAAUUUGAUUCGACAUAGUCAGAGCUUAGACGCUAUUUCUUGGUCACAUGCAGCACUCACAUCACCAACGCCGGGAGGGGAUGACUUAGAUCGACUGAUCAUGACGGCGCGAGGUAUCCCUGACGAUGCCAAGCAGCUUGCUUCUUUUCUCCAUGGCAACGCUUCGCUGCUCUUUAAAAAGACCACUCGCCAGCAGCAAAUGCCUCUUCCUCCUAUCCCAGGGGAGCUUAGUGGUCACACAACAGGAUCUGGAAGUGGAAGCUAUCAAGGAGGGGAGAAGGUGAACAUUCAGUCACGGCCCCUCCCCUCCCCACCAAAGUUUACUGCUGCAGAAGAAGAGGAAGGUGUGGAGAGACCAUAUGAGACCACAGAGGAAGGAUGGAUGGAGGACUAUGACUACGUACAUCUGCAGGGAAAGGAAGAGUUUGAGAAGAACCAACGACAGCUGCUGGAGAAAGGCAACAUUAUCCGAAACAAUAAGACACAGCUGGAGCAGCAGCAGAUUAAACAGUUUGAGCGUUUAGAGCAGGAGGUCAGCCGGCCAAUCAACAACGACAUGACCGGUUGGGUUCCAUCCGCACACAACCCUCUGGCAAACUACCUGGCCCAGAACGGCUCUGGAGGCCCCUCCUCCUCCAAGUUGUGCCACGGCGACCGUCAGCUUAUUCUCUUCUAUCAAGAGCAAUGCGAGCAGAACGUCACCACGGUGACAAAUGCCAUCGAUGCCUUCUUUACUGCUGUCAACUCCAACCAGCCACCAAAGAUCUUUGUGGCACACAGCAAGUUUGUCAUUCUCAGCGCACACAAGCUGGUCUUCAUUGGUGACACGCUGUCACGCCAGGCCAAAUCUCCAGAAGUGAGGGCACGGGUAGCCCAAAGCAGCAACGCCCUCUGUGAAAAACUCAAAGACAUUGUGAUCAGUACGAAGACAGCAGCGCUUCAGUAUCCUUCCCCUGGAGCCUCCAGAGAGAUGACUGAGAAGGUGAGGGAGCUUGCAGGGUGUACUCAGCAUUUAAGGAUGGUUCUGGGACAGCUCUUAGUGAUGUAGAGGCAGAGGGGGAGGAGGAAAACAAACCAAACAGUGACGCGAACUGAAAUAUUCCAGAACCUCGGAGCAGUGAAUCUUCCCAGUAACACUGGGCAGACAACCCUCUGUACCCCAUACAGCACUAACUAGGAGAACCUGGAGUUUGCUGGAUCACAAAGUGCUGCACAAAACCCUGAACACCCUUCAAGUGUGUGAGGAGUCCCAUGUGCCUCUACAGGAUGAGGCUUGCUAUCUCUUACAGUCCUGGCAUGCAUGGAAAUCCUGAGUGAUCCUGUCCUUGGGGUCUGGGACCCUUUUUCGGACCGGGAGCACCAAUUUUACUCCCAUCCUUCGCUUCCUCCCUGUGCUGCCUUUCACUGGGACCAUUCCGCUUUCAUCCCAUUUCCACUCUGCACUUUUUAUUCUAGACAAAUUGAAAAAAAAAAACAUUUUCUCGUCAGUGGGCUGGGCCAUAGGCUGUAAAAUAAUCAGUGUAAAUAUUUAAGUUACCUAUGUAUUCAGAAAAUCAGAAAAAAGAAGACUAUAGAACUUGCAGUGAAUACACGUAAGAAAAGAUGGGAACAUAACUGUAGUUUUUAGACAGAACAUCAGUAACUGUCAUAUUGCUAUACCGUAUAAUUAAAAUGUAAUAUGGCUCUGAUUCUCGAUCCUAAUAUAA